ACCGCCUCCAAUCGGAUCAAAGAAGCCACACCUCCGUUCUUGUUCCCAGGAAGUUGGGAACAGUCAUAGAAAGUGGGUGACACGGCAGAAUUCUACCUUAAAUAUGCCUACCAACUCCCCCUUCUAGGAUGUGGGAUUGGGGGUGAUUUGAGAGGACGUGAUAGAAAUUGUGGCUACCCUCAGGGUGGAAAAGUCUGCCUAGUCGCAGAUACCCAAGAACCCUGGCGACUCCAAAGCCCCCUGGAUUUUAUGACAUGCGCGUAGCCAUCUCAAGGGAUGUCAGCUUCACUGGGGUCUCAGUGCGCGGCUUCCCUGCCCCCACCUCUAGAGGCCACCUGCAAGUCCCCUGCGCGGGCACAGACGCGCGCUGGGAAAAUGGCGGGCUGCUGGGGUUCCUAGCAACCAGACGCCAGACAGGUCCUGGGGAGAGAGGAGGCUACAAUGGACCAGCCAGCCAUCACCUCCUCUGCGGUACGGAGAGAAGACCUGGGCCAUGGAGAGUCACUUGUCUCGACCUCGAAACAAACCCGGAAGAAUUCAGCUUUUGAAAGAGAAGGGUGGUGGAGGAUAACAUUAACGAAUACUCCAAUACCUGGCACUUACCACUUGAAAACUUUUAUUGAAGAAUCCCUGUUAAAUCCAGUGAAAGCAACCUACAAUUUUAAAAAUGAAGGAAGGAAAAGACUACCUCUUGUGCAAAGAAACGAUCCGGUACUAAUGGAUCUCCCACAGUACAAGCCUCCUGACUUCCUGGACCUGUUAAAGAAGCAGAUGGCCUCCUACUCGUUCAGAGACCAGCCCCGCCCAAAUCCCAGCACACUAGUUGACAAAGAUGAGUCACUUCGGCUUUCCCCGGGGCAAUACGAGAUACUUCCUGAACCAGUUCCCAAGACCACUUCCAGGAGCUUCGUAUUUCGUUCUACAGUUCAAAGAUUCCCACCUAACUAUUUCACUCCUCAUGAAGGCCCAGGACCUGGUGACUAUAACUUGAAAACACCUCCAGUAGGCUCCAUUACUUCUUGUUUUCGAUCUAAGGUACCUCGAUUCUUGCCUACCUGUUCAAAAACACCAGGCCCAGGAGCAUACACAUCUUCCAAACAUUUCCCUAAGCAGUCCCCAACUAUUGCCAAAAUGGGUCGAGAACACAGUCUCUUCUUCAAUAACACGAUUGGCUUUUAA